AUGUCAGCUCCAACAACCCAUCACCAAAAGAUCAAGCCAGGGGAUGUCACAGUCGCAAUCUUCGUUGCUCUCGUCCUUGAAUCUGUUGCAGUUGUGCUCAGCUUUGACGAAGAGUUUCAUUGUCAUACGAAAGGUGCCAAGUAUGUCUACAGGUUCGGGCGCAUCGGACAACACUGUGUUGUGGUAGCUCAGCCAAACGACAUGGGAAAAGUCAACGCCUCCAAUAUCUCGGCCCAUGUCACCAACGUGUUCCCUAAUGUCCGUCUUGCCCUAAUGGUCGGCAUUGGGGGCGGGAUCCCCGGCGGUGAGAAAGACAUUCGCCUUGGCGAUGUUGUAGUCAGCAAGCCUGAAGAUGGUCUCCCUGGUGUUUUGGAGUAUGAUUUCGUCAGGGUCGAAGGAGAUGGCAGGUUGGUUCGGAAAGGGACUCUUGACAAGCCCCAUCCAACGCUCCUGAGCGCCGUCAACUACAUCGAAGGAGAAGAAAUCAUGGAUCGGAGCUCGCUUCCCGAGAACCUGGAUUAUAUCAUCAGAAAAAGCGCCAAGUUCCAGCACCCUGGAAAAGCUGAUGUUCUCUAUGAUAUAACAUUUCGUCAUGUUGGAGGCAAGGAUUGCACAGCAUGCGAGGAUUGCCCCAACAAACGGAUUGUACAACGGCCCCUCCGACAACAGAGGGGGCCGAAAGUCUUUCAUGGAUUAAUAAUGUCCGGCGACAGUGUCGUCAAAGACCCGUAUGAACGACUAAGAUUGUGCGACGGCUAUGACAAGGCGCUAUGCUUCGAAAUGGAAGCAGCGGGAAUCAUGGAUGAGAGCCCGUGUCUGGUGGUUCGCGGUAUCUGUGACUAUUGUGACACUCAUAAGCAAGGCGACUGGCAGUCAGCAGGUGGAGCAUUUGGAGCAGAUGAGGGUGAUGUUGCAUCACCAUGGACAAACGAUAUCGACGGUGAGACUUUCUUUCUUCUCCAUGGGCCUGCCGGUACUGGAAAAUCGACAAUUGCUCGAUCCAUCGCAAAUCAGCUUGCAACGGACCCCACGAUGACAACAAAGUUGGGGGCCAGCUAUUUCUUCAAUACGUCCAGCUCCAAGCUCUUUUUCCCAACAAUUGCCGCUCGAUUGAUGCACUCAAUCCCAGAGCUCAAACAACAUCUGUGGAACUCUCUGGAAUACUGCGGUUGGUUUAGCAAGGCUGAAAUAGAAGGAAAGGAUCGUGAGAAGCAGCUGCAGACACUCAUUCUAAACCCUAUAAGAUAUCUGUCCGAGCAAAGCUCAGAAAAGUGGUCGAGAGUCAUUGUGGUUGAUGCUCUGGAUAAGUGUGAAAAGGAGCACAUCCUCACAAUUUGCACUCUAUUAUCACGGCUCCAUGGACUCGAUGCCGUCCGCUUCCGCAUAUUUCUGACAAGCCGGUCCCAAGGCACUAUUAUGGAGAGAUUCCACAAGCUAGAAAAGGAGCACAUGGCCCGCAGCUUGUCGAUACUCAAAUACCCGAGCGAAACAAAGGCCGACAUAGCCAAAGUCCUGGAGGCCGAUUUUGCGGACGUUAAGAAGAGGAAAAAUAUCAGGGAAGAUUGGCCAGAACCCGAGGACCUAAAUCAUCUCGUCGAACUAGCCACAACACCCUCACCGCUAUUCAUUUACGCGGCAACGGUCUGUCGGUAUGUCGACAAUGCGAUGAUAUCAACAAACCCGGUCUGGCGGUUAAGGCACUGGUUGGACAAGUUCAAAAAUGCAUCCAGGUUCGACGAGAGGUUUGAUAAAAAGUUCGACCGGGGGCUCGACCAACAAUUCAACGACAUGUACAAGGAAGUCCUCAAAGAGGCCACGGGUCGCCUUCAAGUGCAUGAGAGGGAGAUCCUUGAGGACGUACUUUGCUCCAUUCUUGUCCUCUUUACCCCGCUUCCUUCCAAGUGUCUAGCAGCACUUCUUGGCAAGAACGACCGCGACGUUGAUUGUUUGCUGCCGAAUCUCUAUGCGACCCAAAGGGCAUAUUUCAAGUGGAUGCCUUAG